GAGGUAGGAGGAAGAUGGCGGCGGGGGCGAGAUGAGGUGUUGGCAGUAGAAAGGGGUUCGGCUGCGGGGGGCGGGGAACGCGGAGCAAUGGCCCGCGCCGGCCGCAGGGCCGGAUAAAAAGCGGUCGCGCCGCGGGUGUGGGAGGGAGAGGGGAGGACGCCCGGGCGCCACGAGAGUAUGACGGGGCUGUACGAGUUGGUGUGGCGGGUGCUGCACGCUCUGCUCUGCCUGCACCGCACGCUCACCUCCUGGCUCCGCGUUCGGUUCGGCACCUGGAACUGGAUCUGGCGGCGUUGCUGUCGCGCAGCCUCCGCCGCGGUCCUAGCGCCGCUCGGCUUCACGCUCCGCAAGCCCCCGGCUGUCGGCCGGAACCGCCGUCACCACCGGCAUCCACGAGGGGGGUCGGUCUCGGCCGCCGCCCACCCACGACUACGCUGGCGCGCGGACUGCCGUUCUCUGGAGAAGCUGCCUGUGCACAUGGGCCUGGUGAUCACCGAGGAGGAGCAGGAGCCCAGCUUCUCGGACAUCGCAAGCCUCGUGGUGUGGUGUAUGGCCGUGGGCAUCUCUUACAUUAGCGUCUACGACCACCAAGGUAUUUUCAAAAGAAACAAUUCAAGAUUGAUGGAUGAAAUUUUAAAACAGCAGCAGGAACUUCUGGGCUUAGAUUGUUCCAAAUACUCACCAGAGUUUGCGAAUAGUAAUGAUAAAGAUGAUCAAGUUUUAAAUUGCCAGUCGGCAGUGAAGGUGCUGUCCCCAGAAGACGGAAAAGCAGAUAUUGUGAGAGCUGCUCAAGACUUUUGCCAGUUAGUAGCCCAGCAGCAAAAGAAAUCCACAGAUUUGGAUGUAGAUAUGUUAGACAGUUUGCUUAGUUCAAAUGGUUUCCCUGAUCCUGAUUUAGUAUUGAAGUUUGGUCCUGUGGACAGCACACUAGGCUUUCUACCCUGGCACAUCAGGUUGACUGAGAUCGUCUCUUUGCCUUCCCACCUAAACAUCAGUUACGAGGACUUUUUCUCUGCCCUUCGUCAAUAUGCAGCCUGUGAACAGCGUCUGGGAAAGUAGUGAUCCCUGGUUGUUAUAAUUUGAUUUCAGGCUUUUGGAGAAAAGGACUCAAGUGACUCUGAUGUUUACAAAGCACCUAUGAAACCCUGUACACACCUAGUUCAUAAUCCCCAUAAUUUAUCAACAACACAAAAAAGUGUCUUACUUGAGAGUAAGAGUAUGUGUGAAUGAGUGAGUGUAUGCGUGUGUGUAUGCAUGUGUGUGUGGAAAUAAACUUAUAAAUGGGGGAAGUAUUGGAGAAGGAAAUACAUGGACUUGCACCUUGGAGCAAAUAGCAGCAAUGUUUUAGGAGCUGAAAUUUCAGAUUUAAAGGCUUCAGCCCCAUCUACUUCCCUGUUUUUGUGGGGAGAGAAUGGAGUUGAUGAAAACUGCUCUGUUAUUGUUUUGGGGGGAGGGGAAUACUUUCUGUUCAGUCUUUCCUAGUGACCAAACUUUAAUUUUUAAGAAUAAUAUAUUGACUUAUUAAAUGGAAGCAUUCUGAAUUGGAGGGCUCGCCAGAGGAAUGGAGUUCUGUGUUGCUCACAUGUUAAAAGUUUGCUCACCUUUGGAGCCGAGGGAAAACCUAUUUUCAGACAUCCGUCCAUUUUCAUCUCGUCAUUAUUAUCAAACAUUGUGACUUGAAAGUGUUGCUUUGUUGUCUGUGUACUGGGUUGUAAAAAUCAUUUGCAAAAGAGCUCUUAUAAUGUUGAAAUACAGAAUUUUAAAACAUUUUUAAAUAUUGUAUGAGGCAGUCAAAAAAAGGUUAAGAGGUUGAAAUCUUUAAAGUAAAACAUUGCCUGAAUAAGGAAAGUUUUGAUUUCCUUUUCUGUUUUGUGGGCAGUGUGCUCCAUAGUACGCAAAGUUGGUUUAAAAAUAUUUCCAUUAACUAUGUGAGGGAAGUUACCAAGGCAGCUCUUUUCCUCAAAAGUAACAUGUUCUCUUUGGAACAGCACAUUUAGGGCCAUAUUAGUACCUGGGAUUUACUCAGUAAAUCCUGAUGAUGGCUGUGCAUAAAAGAUCUUUAAGUAAGAUUGAGGCCUGUGUAGGUAAUAAAAUAUUACCAAAGUCUACAAAAGUAAAUUAAUUUUGCAUGUUCUCUUUCAUGGAAGGCAGAGAACAGCACUGGUUCUGUUAUUUUUAAAAUGUAUAGAUGAUUUUUUGAUACAAGUUUAAUAUUUCUUCCCUCAUUGAUGAUUCUUAGUAGACAGAAACCAUUCUUUAUAUUUGAUGUACUGUUUUCAGAAGAAUCAACAAGUGCAGAAUAGUUUUCCAAAAUUAUACAUUUAGAAUGGAGUAGUUUAAAUACUAGGUCUCAGAGUUUGAAAAAUAGCAAAGAAGACUGGAUUUGGAAAGCAGGGUCUGGAAUGGCUUGUCAAAUUCUGAAGCUAUGAAGAAUAAAUGGUUUGAUUUUGGAUUACAAAACCCCAUUUAUGAUUUUAAAAAUACACUUGAAAUAAAAUGAUUAAAAUAAAUUUUGGUUCAGUGACAUUACUUUGCACAUUAUAGUUAUUUGUACAUUGUGAGACUUUUUUUGGUUUUAAUUUAUUGCUAAAAGUUUUGUGUGAUGCUACAGCAUAUCUUUAAACUUUACCAGAGCAUUUAUUUCUGUUCCCCUAUACUGUGAUCCAUGUUCUCUUGAGGCUUUUUGGCUGAAUUUAUGCCUUUUAUAAAUGUGUUUUUUUAAACAUUCUGGAAUAUAUAUGUUUUUAAUGAAUUAAAUUUAAUGGGCCUGUUGACGUGAAGCGGCUUAACAUUUGUUAAAAUGAAGUUAGUCAAAUAAAUUACCCACUAGGAUAUAGCCAAAGUCACUAAAGGUUUAAUAGUUGAGUCUUUGUAUUUUUAUUUUCUCCUUACAUUUCAAAGCAGUGUAGAGUUAUACAUCAGAGUAAAUGUGUAACCUGUGACCUGAGUCUGUCCUUGGUAGGAAGAGACCUUUAAAACAAGUUGCUAAGGAUUUUGAUUCCACAUAUAGGCAUUCCAGAUCCUUCUCAUGAGUUUAACUGCUAGUACAGUCUCCACAACUUGAAUGGCAUUGGUCAUUCUAUAAUUCCUGUCAAAAUCAUCACUAGCUAUGGAUUAUGAGGGCUCCUUUUGCAUUCCCAAGAAGAACUGAUAACUUUAAAGAAAAUGUUGUUUGUCUUUAUGUGUGUUGAAGGAUAUUGUCUUUAAAUUGUUUCUUCUUGAUGUUCCCCACAAUGGAAAAAUUAUCAAAUCUACCUUACGGAUGGCAGCUUGGAGCCUAGCAAGAAGUUGGAGGGUUUGAAUUCUAUUCCCAAUUCUGACUGUGUUUUGUUUCUUAACACUGUUACUGUUAGAGAGUUUGAAAGCUGGUUUUGAUGUGAAUAGCAAAUUAGAAAAUUCUGGUAUAUUGUGACUAAGGCUUAAUAAUGCCUAUCUUAAGUGAGGAAUGUUAUAUUAAUGAACAGUGCCAAAUACACUGUGCACAUCUACAAUUUAAUCUUUGAAUGUGUGUUAGUUGAUUAGCUCCCUCCUCCUUUUACGUGAGGGUACUGUGCAUAGAGUCAGUCAGAUCCUUGUGAUGUUUUGUAUGGCUGUAGACUUUGGCAACAUGUAAAUAAUGUGUAAAGCAAGUUUUUAUGAUUAAGGAAUCAAAUUUAUUGAAUUUUAUUAUUGAAAGUUGAAACAACAUGUAUGAACAAAAACAAUAAAAGAAUAUACUCUUUUCAUGGA